AUGAACUCCUUGGGAAUGCUGAACUUCUCUAAGGUGGGAUCAGUGCCAGGCUCCGGAGAGCAGCCGUGGGCGUGGGAAAGGCCCCGGAGGUCAGGAUGGGCAGGGCCGGAGGGCGCUGAUCCCCCUGGCACCGAUGGCGUGGGCGGGGAUGUGUUCCCUGCUCCGUUGGCCGGCCCUUGGCACAGCUCUUGGUCCAUAAAGUCUUUCCCACUGGGACAUCUCUUGGUGGAUGAAGGCUUCCCAUUGGGACAGAGUUUUGUAUCUGUUGGCAUUCCCUUGACGCUGCUCUUGGUGUCUCUUGGUUUCCUCUUGGCACCGAUCUUGGUCGGUGAGUUCUUCCGCAUGGGACAUCUCUGGGUGGAUGGAUUCUUCCAGGUGGGGCAUCUCUGGGUGGAUGGAUUCUUCCAUGUGGGACAUCUCUUGAUGGAUGGAUUCUUCCAUGUGGGACAUCUCUUGAUGGAUGGAUUCUUCCAUGUGGGAUAUCUCUGGGUGGAUGGAUUCUUCCAUGUGGGACAUCUCUUGGCUGAUGGAUUCUUCCAUGUGGGACAUCUCUUGAUGGAUGGAUUCUUCCAUGUGGGACAUCUCUUGGCUGAUGGAUUCUUCCAUGUGGGACAUCUCUUGGUGGAUGGAUUCUUCCAUCUGGGACAUCUCUUCGUGGAUGAAGUCUUCCCAUUGGGACCAAUUUUUGUAUCCCUUGGCUUUCCCUUUGCACCGUUCUUGGUGUCUCUUGGCUUUGCCUUGGCACAGAUCUUGGUUGGUAAAGUCUUCCCACUGGGAUAUCUCUGGGUGGAUGGAUUCUUCCUUGUGGGACAUCUCUUGGCUGAUGGAUUCUUCCAUGUGGGACAUCUCUUGAUGGAUGGAUUCUUCCAUGUGGGACAUCUCUUGAUGGAUGGAUUCUUCCAUGUGGGACAUCUCUUGAUGGAUGGAUUCUUCCAUGUGGGAUAUCUCUGGGUGGAUGGAUUCUUCCAUGUGGGACAUCUCUUGGCUGAUGGAUUCUUCCAUGUGGGACAUCUCUUGAUGGAUGGAUUCUUCCAUGUGGGACAUCUCUUGAUGGAUGGAUUCUUCCAUGUGGGACAUCUCUUGAUGGAUGGAUUCUUCCAUGUGGGAUAUCUCUGGGUGGAUGGAUUCUUCCAUGUGGGACAUCUCUUGGCUGAUGGAUUCUUCCAUGUGGGACAUCUCUUGAUGGAUGGAUUCUUCCAUGUGGGACAUCUCUUGAUGGAUGGAUUCUUCCAUGUGGGAUAUCUCUUGGUGGAUGGAUUCUUCCAUGUGGGACAUCUCUGAGUGGAUGGAUUCUUACAGGUGGGACAUUUCUUGGCUGAUGGAUUCAUCCAUCUGGGACAUCUCUGGGUAGAUGGAUUCUUCCAUGUGGGACAUCUCUGGGUGGAUGGAUUCUUACAGGUGGGACAUCUCUUGGCUGAUGGAUUCUUCCAUGUGGGACAUCUCUUGGUGGAUGGAUUCUUCCAUCUGGGACAUCUCUUCGUGGAUGAAGUCUUCCCAUUGGGACCAAUUUUUGUAUCCCUUGGCUUUCCCUUUGCACCGUUCUUGGUGUCUCUUGGCUUUGCCUUGGCACAGAUCUUGGUUGGUAAAGUCUUCCCACUGGGAUAUCUCUGGGUGGAUGGAUUCUUCCUUGUGGGACAUCUCUUGGCUGAUGGAUUCUUCCAUGUGGGACAUCUCUUGAUGGAUGGAUUCUUCCAUGUGGGAUAUCUCUGGGUGGAUGGAUUCUUCCAUGUGGGACAUCUCUUGGCUGAUGGAUUCUUCCAUGUGGGAUAUCUCUGGGUGGAUGGAUUCUUCCAUGUGGGACAUCUCUUGGCUGAUGGAUUCUUCCAUGUGGGACAUCUCUUGAUGGAUGGAUUCUUCCAUGUGGGACAUCUCUGGGCGGAUGGAUUCUUCCAUGUGGGACAUCUCUUGGUGGAUGAAGGCUUCCCAUUGGGACACACUUUUGUAUCCGUUGGCAUUCCCUUGGCACCGUUCUUGGUGUCUCCUGGCUUUUCCUUGGCACGGCUCUUGCUCGAUGAAGUUUUCCGUGUGGGACAUGUCCUGAUCCAUGAAAUCUUUGCUUUGGGACAUCUCAUGGUUGAUAAAUUCUUCCAUUUGGGACAUCUCCUGCUUGAUGAAGGCUUCCCAUUGGGACACACUUUUGUAUCCAUUGCCUUCCCCCUGGCACAGCUCUGGAUCUCUUUCGACUUCCCAUUGGCGCUGCUUCGGGGAUAUCUCGGCUUUCCCUCGGUCCGUGUGGUGUUCCCAAUGGGACAUCUCGUGGCUGAUGAAGUCUUCCCACUGGGACAGGUCUUUGUAUCCGCUGGAUUCCCCUUGGCACCGCUCUUGGGAGCCAUCAGCUUCCCCUUGGGCACCGCUCUUGGGAUCCGCUGGCUUCCCCUUGGCACCGCUCUUGGGAUCCAUUGGAUUCCCCUUGGCACAACUCUUGGGAUCCAUCGGCUUCCCCUUGGCACCGCUCUUGGGAUCCAUUGGAUUCCCCUUGGCACCGCUCUUGGGAUCCAUUGGAUUCCCCUUGGCACCGCUCUUGGGAUCCGCUGGAUUCCCCUUGGCACCGCUCUUGGGAUCCGCUGGAUUCCCCUUGGCACCGCUCUUGGGAUCCAUUGGAUUCCCCUUGGCACCGCUCUUGGGAUCCAUCGGCUUCCCCUUGGCACCGCUCUUGGGAGCCAUCAGCUUCCCCUUGGGCACCGCACUUGGGAUCCGCUGGCUUCCCCUUGGCACCGCUCUUGGGAUCCAUUGGAUUCCCCUUGGCACAACUCUUGGGAUCCAUCGGCUUCCCCUUGGCACCGCUCUUGGGAUCCAUUGGAUUCCCCUUGGCACAACUCUUGGGAUCCGCUGGCUUCCCCUUGGCACCACUCUUGGGAUCCGCUGGCUUCCCCUUGGCACCGCUCUUGGCUGAUGAAUUCUUCCCAUCGGGACAGAUCCUCGUCUCCGUCGCCUUGCCCCUGGCACAGUUCGGGUCUCUCCUGGCUUUCCCCUGGGACAACUCUUGGUUGAUGAAUUCCUCCAUUUGGGACAUCUCUUGGCUGAUUAGGUCCAACCAUCGGGACAGAUCCUUGUAUCCAUGGGUGUGCCCCCGGCUCAGCCCUUGGGAUCCCUUUCCAUGCCCUUGGGAUCUCUUUCCGUGCCCUUGGGGUACCUGUGGAUCUCGGCCGUGUCCCCCUUGGCACAGCCCUCGGGGACUUCCCGAGGCUUCCCACUCCUCCUGCUCCAUGGCCAACGUCCCCUGUCCCUCCCGGGAUCAGAGCAGCCUCUGGACCGGCUGGGAGCCGGGAUUCACCUUCUCCAGGGGCAUCUCCAGAGGGAUCCCGGGAGCUGCUGCUCCUGAGGGAGGGGCUCUACUGGGAAUGGCCCUGAACCCUUCGGGGUCGCGCCGGGAUCCGGGCACGGCGCAGCUCCCGCGUCACAAAGGGACGCCCCAACCGCGGGGCCUUCUGGAACCAUCUGGAACCUUCUGGAGCUGCAGCCCCGGGGAGUGGCCAAUGGGUUUGACCCCACUGCCGACCCCGCUGCGGUUGUGGGGUGUUGAGGGUCCGCCUCUUCCCUGUGGGAUUCCUGCCGGGAAAGGCCACGGCGCCUUUAAAGCAUCUCCAAGCUGCAUCUGGCAGCCCCGGUGCUGGAACGCUGCCCCGCAGCCAUGGCGCUGCUCCAGGAAAUUCCUGACAUCCCGGCAAGUGCUGAGGCAGCCCGAAUCGGGGGCUGGGUGUGCUUUGGCCCCGGGAAACCGGGAACGGGGCCAGGAGCGGGGCCGGGAUUUCUGCAAACCUCGAAAGUGCCCGUCCCGUGGGGCUGAGUCACGGCCGCCCCUCCUGGGCCCUCUCCAGAGCCUCGACAGAAGGCAGGAGCUGCCUGAGCCCCGAACAAAAGCCUUCCCAGCAUCCAGCCCUUGGAAUCGGGCAGGGAAUGCUCCGUCCUCUGUGCCAGGCGGGCCCCGCGCCAGCCACGCUGUCCCCGCUGUGCCCUGCUGCCAGCCUGGGAUGGCAAAGGAGCACCCCCGGGUGAUGCAGAUCCAAAGGAUCCCGGGGUGCCACGGAGCCGGGGGACCCUGUCCCACUCCUUCCUCAGCCCAGCGGGGCUCUGGGACACCCCCAGAGGGAGCAGGGAUGGGGACAAGGGACAGGGAUGGGACCGGCGCCAGCUCCGCUCCGCGCGGGCAGGAAAUCCCAAUAAAAGAAGGAAAAAGUC